CACAUUUCUGGUGCAUAUAGACAAAUACUAACGUGGAAGAUUUUGGUUUGAUCAGGGAAGUCAAAAUAGCAAGUUUAUUAGUCCAGCGAAUUGGAAUUGAUUGAAUCAAAAAAGUUGAAGGAAAAUGGAUUUGGAAUCGGUGAGGAGAUACUUGGAGAAAGGAGGAGGUGAGGAUGAAGACAAGAACGCAUCCACGAUCAAUGGAUUGCCUCUCAGGUUCUUUGAGCGCUUCAUCAUGCAAGACCUUCGUGUCGAUCUCAUUGAACCUGGUCGUCUCAUCUGUACCUUCAAACUCCCACAGCGUUUACUGAACGCUGGUAAUUUUUUACAUGGUGGAGCGACGGCAACGCUGGUGGACUUGGUUGGUUCAGCUGUGAUAUUCAGUGUUGGAGCUCCAGCUACCGGAGUUUCGGUGGAGAUUAAUGUUUCAUACUUGGAUGCUGCUUAUGCUGAUGAGGAAAUUGAGAUAGAAGCUAGGGUCUUACGUGUUGGGAAGGCUAUUGGUGUUGUCAGUGUUGAGUUCAGGAAGAAGGAGACUGGCAAAAUUAUUGCUCAGGGCCGUCAUACCAAGUACCUUCCUGUUGCUAGUAAGAUGUGAACAUGCUUCUAAUUUGUCGCUCAUUUGAAUAUUUUUUACUUGUCUUCCUUUGUAAACCAAAUAAUGUAUAUUUCAUAUUUAUUGACAGAAUAUGCCUAUAGCAUGAGUAAAACAGUUGUCACAUGCAUGAGAUGCUCAAUUGGUUCUCCCGUUAGACUGAUGUUAGAUAUGGAAACUUUAUGUUCCCUUUCC